UGUCAUACACAGUUGUCUGGAGCUGCAGUCUUAUUGCAACAGGACAAUUUGUAUGUUUCUCAUGCAUCAUGGGAAAGCUUGUCACGGUGGUGAUUAAUACCAGUAAGUAGCACAGUAACAUGAAAAGAUGAGCACUGAACAUGCCCUCAGCUGACUGUACUUGUUGGGUAUUUGCCUUCAAAGUUGUAACCUCUGCAGUCAUCACCUGGCCUGUAUUUCCUGUGGGUGUGUUUGGGGGUACACAUCAUGAUGGACUUGAAGAAGGAACCUCAUAUUUACAAGGACAGAUUUAUCUAGCCCAAAAAUAUAAAUGGAAGUACAUGUUCCAAUUUGAAUAUAUGUUGCAUUUUAAAAUAUAAUAAAACUGACAGCUAAUCUAUUAAACUUCACAGUCUUAGAAUUAAGGCAGUUGCACUUGCACUUGCAGUUGUUACUCCAGAGUAGUUGCUGUCUUGAUAUUCUAAUGUGAUAUUCUAAUGUGUUAGAUGUCUCUUAUAUAGACUUGUGCAAGUCGUUGAAUAUAUUUAAUGUUCAAUGGUCAGCUUAGCAAACUUUUUAUCUAAGGCUAAUUACCAGAAAAAUUUAGACAGGACCUUUGAACAUUGUCUAAUCCAGGCCUGCUCAAAACACACACAGGCAUUUUAGGUUGCUGAGGGCCAUGUCAAGUAGAGUUUUAAAUAUCUUCAAGGAUGCUGAUUCCAAAACUUCUCUGGGCACCUUUUCCAUGGCUUCUAAAUGUUUGGGGUUUUCUUUUUUUUUUUCCUUCCCCCAUUUCUCAUAUCUGGCUGGCUCUUCUCUUGUUUCCACGUAGGUCUGUUGCAUCUUGUGCUAUUGCUGUACAUUUCCAUGAAGGGAAAAUGCCUUGCAUUAUGCAGUUAAGUGAUGGCAACACUUAAAUAGAUGGCAUCCGUUUGUUAGGACAAAAGUGUGAACACUUUGGCUGUGGAGACAUAUCCCAGACAGAUACAGGUCCUCAAUGCAGAGCUAAAAGAUGCUAAUGUUGACCACCUUAAACAUGUUUCGACUCUACUGCAUCUGCUGGAUCACAGAGAUUGUGUGUGUGCUGUCCAUGUCACUGGAGAGGAGCUCUGCACAAGUGGCCUUGAUCCAUGUGCUCGUUCACUGAUGUCCAGCUUGUUCCUUCGCGAUCUGACUCAGCAAAGUGCUCAAGGCUUGCAGCAGUGACUGAAGUCAGAAGGGGCUGACUUUUGAAGAUUCCAGGCAGGAUGAAAGACCGUUUAAGUGAGCUGCGUGAAUUUGCCAGGUUACACAACCAGCAAUUUUCUGAUAGUGAUGAUGAUGAGAAUUCACCCCAGGAUAUUCUCCUUUAUGAGACGGAUUAUGCCUUGGAAAUCCUUCAUAAGGACAUACAGAGCAUCCGGGCAGAAAACGACCACCUAAAAGCGGAUGUCAGCCGCCUCAGAAAGCAAAACACCCGCUUCCUCACCUCCAUGCGCCGCCUUAGCAGCAUCAAACGAGACACUAAUUGUAUUGCCAGAGACAUUAAGAGCCGUGGAGAGAGCAUCCACAGGAAACUGCAGGUAAUGAGAGACUUCUGUGAAGAUGCAAUAACCAAAUAUGGAGCUAUGUCUGUCAUUGCCAGGGUGGCGAAGAACCACUACGUUGACCUCAUGCACACAUUUCAGGACGCUAUGUUUGAUUACAAUGCAGCGGAGAUGAACCAGCGGGAGAACUGCAAGAUCCGAAUUCAGCGGCAGCUGGAGAUCAUGGGCAAGGACGUUUCUGGGCACCAGAUUGAGGAGAUGAUUGAGCAAGGCAAAUGGGAUGUCUUCUCCGAGAAUCUCUUGUCGGAUGUCAAGGGAGCUCGCGCAGCCUUGAAUGAGAUAGAGACGCGGCACAAGGAGCUGGUGAAGCUGGAAGGUCGUAUUAAGGAAGUUCACGAGCUCUUUCUGCAGGUGGCCCUGCUGGUGGAGGAACAGGCAGACACCUUUGAUGUUAUUGAGAUUAAUAUGCAAAAUGUUGAGGACUAUGUAGGAGAUGCUAAAGACCAAGUGAAAAGAGCUUUGGAAUACAGGAGAAAACAUCCCCUCAGAACAAUCCUCUGCUGUUGCAUAUCAUGUUGCAGAAGGUGAUGGUCCCACUGGAGCUAUCACAGACUGACUUGAAUGUCUUCAAAAUUAGGUGUUCUUUCCAGAGACUUUUCUGUAAUGACAAGCCCUAGAAAUAGGGGGGAGAUUUUGCAGUUGGUUUUAUUCAUUGCCUGUUUACUAAAUGUGCUGAAGGCUGUUUGUAUUUAUGAACUCUUAGAAAUGUUGAUAAAACUAUUUUUAAUGUAAUUUUUAUUGAAAGGUCCUGUUACUGUAUCUAGAGAUGCAAUAUCUCUACAGUGAUACUCGUUUCAUAUAGGCAAGAAAGAAGAAUGAAUAACUUAUCCCAGGGAAGAUGAAUACUUUUAAGAAGUAACUUUAUUCUUAUUUGUUGAAGUGAGGCUGCAGGCAGUGAAACCUUAUUGCCUGGGGCAGCACAGUACACCACAGAAUCAGGAGGUUUCAGUUUUAACUAGUUUGGAGCCUGCUUGAUACAAAUUUGACAAAAUACUGAGCCUGGAGCAGGGCACAGAACUAGUUUCUCUUUCAACUUGAUUUUCAGCUGUCUGGGAUCUUAACAGAAGUGGCUGCACCUUAAAUGUUAAUAUGCACAUUUUGCUCUAUUUGUGUGCAAGUGACUGCUUUUUUCCAUUGAGUAUCCAGCUAUCUCAAGGCAGCUAAAAGCACUGCAACACAGGUAUCUCACUUUUAACUUGAACUGCUCUCACCUCUCAGUUUCAAACCUGCCACGCUUUCAUGUUCUGAUGACACUGGCAUUUUUCUAAUUGGGAUUUUUCUGCCAAUUAACACUUCAUCCAGGGGAGAAACAUGAGGUGGCCUUCUGCAGAAACCUGUAUAAGACGACAACAGCUGUGGGGUUGAGGAAACAUUUUAGUGUCUCCUGUACAGGCAUGUACAUAGAAGCCAUUUUAGUGGAAUGACUGGCCUGUCAGUACACUUUUAUUUUUUAUAAGCAUUGACCAAAUAUGGAUUUUUUCUAUAUCUAUUUUAAAUAAGAUGAAGGAUUAAAUUUUUUUAAUAUGCAUUUUUACUUGUGUACAAAAAAUUUUGACUUUUCCCCAAUUGUUGGGAAAUCUCCACCAGGGAAAGCGAACAGAAGUAUUUCUUCAGUACACUUGAAGAAAAAAGAAAACAGUUUCAUGCCAUUUCAGUGCUCUUUUUAACCUUCAAAGGAAACUCUCCUUUUGUGAGAGUCUGCCCUUACACAAGGGCAAAUCAGAAGGUUUGGAGUAUUGCAAGGAAAUAAAAAAUGUGCAGUCCUGGUAAGCACUGAGCAUUGUCAGUGGAACAUAUUCAUAGAGUGUGGUGAUUGAUCACAGCUCCUGCUUCUGGAGAUUUUCCAAAUAUAUUUCUAGGUGACUUCCUGAUACACUGUGAUCUAUUGCUAUCCUUUGAAAUAAUGCAGGACAUUUUUUCAGAUUUUUUUUUAACUAAUGGUCCUAUUUGUACCAAUUUUAAUAAAUAUAUUUAAACAUUUCAAAUAUUUUGUAUUUGGGAGUAUUCCUCAGAUGUGCAUACAUGUACACCUUCCUGCACCAGUUGCAGUGAAACAUCUCCCUUCUUACCUUUUGCACCCUGAUUUUAUGUGUGAAAAAAACCCCCAAACAUUUAUUACUAUUUGUAUUAAUAUAACAAAACAGCAAAAUAAAUCCAGCUUCCAAGCUUUUGUGUCUGACUGGGAAACAAUUUUAGCCAGACAGACUUUUGCACACAAAUAGAAACUAAAGGGAUAACUUUUCUCAGAAUGUGAUUGUCCCUUUUGCUGUAGCACCUGUCUCUAAUAACAUGGAAGAGUGAGGAACACAGAUCUCCUAACCAUAAGAUAUUUUUAUAUUCAGUGGUGUACUGGUGAUAUAUCAGUGUUAUGCUUGUCUGAGGACGUCUCCAGUGAGGUGUUCAAACUUGAAGUGGGAGAAAGAAGGGUGAUAAGCUGGGACCACAGCCAGGGGCUUUGGUGCCACUCAAGAAGACAAAGUUGUUUACUCUGUAGGUUCUGCCAUUAAGUCAGUGGAACUGUGCAUUCCUCCAAGAGUCAGCAUGUGGGGAUAAAUCAAUGAAGAAUUAAAUACUGUAUUUCCUUUCACAUGCACAUUCCUAGCACUUGCCAAUGUUUUUAAUAAAAAUUAUGUACAUUUUUUUUUGUGCUGGUUCCUUUUUUGCAUCUACAAUUGGAAUAAAAGAUUUAAUAAGAAAAA